AUCCAUGUAUUCAACCAUUCAGUAACAUUUGAACUACGCUUUAAUAACGUAAAACAUGAAACGAUGUGCAACAGCGUGAUAGAAAUAUAUUUCUGUAACGUGAUAACAGGACGCAAGUACACAUGCAAUUUUGUGUUGUGUAAUAAAACGAAACCAUGAAUUCAGUCAAGAGCAAUGGUCAAAGUAAUAAUGGAUUGGACGAUCUUGGCGUGCCUGGACAAGUGUUUUUAAGAGAUGCUUUAACGAGUUGCACGGAUCCCUUGAAAGCUAUCGAAGAAUUUCAGCUGGAAAAUGGUAUAUUAUUGCCAUCACUGCGGCCUAUGUUACCUCUGCUUGAUUUACAUAAAGUUGGAAGACUAGAUUUUCAUAUAUCUGUUCUUGAUGAGUUACGGGAAAAAUUGGUCAAACAAAUCAAUGAAAUUGGUGUGGAAAGAACAGAUAAAGGUGCCUCUGGAGAUAAAAGACUGAGAGAAUUAUUAUCCAAAAGUUUCUCCGCUGUGAGAGUCCCUGCCUUGCGACCUGUUGUGAUGUGCAUCUUGAGAAAUACUCCACAUAUUGAUGACAAAUACUUGCGAGUGUUAGUUAGGGAAAAAGAACUGUAUAAUGAUGCUGAUACAGAAGUUAAACGUCAAAUCUGGAAAGAUAAUCAAAGUCUUUUCGGGGAUGAAGUUUCGCCAUUAUUUAGUCGUUAUAUUAUUGAAAAAGAACAGAUCUUAUUUGAUCAUUGUAAUUUAAACAGUCUGUUUUUUACACCAUCUCCUAAGGUGAGGAGACAAGGGGAAGUUGUGCAAAAGUUAGCUCAUAUGAUUGGACACAGUGUAAAAUUGUAUGAUAUGGUAUUGCAAUUUUUGAGGACUUUGUUUCUGCGCACUAAGAAUAUUCACUAUUGCACUCUAAGAGCAGAAUUGCUAAUGGCAUUGCACGAUUUAGAGGUCCAAGAUAUUAUUUCGGUAGAUCCUUGUCACAAGUUUACUUGGUGUCUGGAUGCAUGUAUAAGAGAAAAAAAUGUGGAUAUUAAAAGAUCUCGCGAGUUGCAAGGCUUUUUGGAUAGCAUUAAGAGAGGCCAAGAGCAGGUAUUAGGAGAUCUAAGCAUGACUUUGUGCGAUCCCUAUGCUGUGAACUUUCUUGCUAGCAGUGCGAUCAAAAUAGCGCUUCAUCUGAUAAAUGGUGAGACGUUACCUAGAGAAAAUUCAGUACUCGUAUUGCUGUUGAGGAUGCUCGCGUUAGGAUUGUCCGCUUGGCAAAUGAUCGAUUCGCAAGAUUUUAAGGAGCCAAAAUUGGACAGUCAAGUUGUUACAAAGUUUCUGCCAGCACUUAUGUCACUUAUGGUGGAUGAUCAAAUAAGACAGCUCAAUUGUAGACUUCCGCCUGAUGAGAGAGAAAGUGCAAUUGCAAUUAUAGAGCAUUCCGGACCACCUCCGGAUGCGUGCCAAGCAUACGCUCAGCUUUCUGGAGUAGCAGCAGUUCUGUCUAUGUACUAUGCGUUACAUGUUGGAGGUAGCGGCGGUAGCGGACUUGUGAGAGGCAGAGGAGAUGCUAGAGGUUUGAUGAGAGUAUUAGCAACACUACCGAAUUGUCAAGCGCAACGAGCUUUUGAGGAUCCAUUUUUACACACACUGGUUUCAUUAUUAAUACUAAACAUGGCCGAUGAAUUCUCCAACGAGUCCUUCUGCACUGUAAUCUUUGACGAAUUUUUCUUGGCCGGUUUAUGUAAAGAUAAUGUUACGCGGCAUCUAUUGAAACUACUUUGGUACAUAUAUCCUAAAUUGCCCUCCGCACGGUUACAUUCUUUACUGAAAGCCUUGCAACCAACGAGUCAGCAUAACGAAGCAGUACACACUUUAUAUGAGUCUCUACGCGUUAAAGUCGGCAGCCAUUCUUCCGAAGACCAAUUAGUAGCGACAACUCCAAUGGACGUAGAUCUCGAUUGUUCUCCUACAUUUACCGGAACACCGACAUCAAGCACUUGCCCACUCUAGGGACAUCUAUCUUGAGGAGAUCGAAAGGAAACAGUUGAGCUUCUUUAAUUUAGCACAAGGAAGAGUCUCACUGUAAUGUGAAUUAUCGUCGUUCUGAAUCUUUUGGAUUUUUUAGUCUUUUAUCUUAUGUCCAUAUAUAUAUGGACUUCCAAAUUUUUAAAGUUAGUUAUUUUUAGUGAAAUAUACGAUGUAAGUAAGUAUUGCUAAAGUAAUUAUAAAAUUUGUUGUAAUAAGAUCAGAAUUAUUAUGUAUUAAUACAUACAUAUUACAGUAACUAAUUGUACUUUGGAAUAUUUUAUAUCGGGAAUACGGAUAAUAAAGUUAGAAUUAUGCAAAUAA